AAACAAUCAUCUUGGCCAUCAGACUAACAUAGAAAUGCACAAUGUGACUAUCCACAACAUAAAUUAAUCAUAAAAAAACAGAUAUGUAAUUUAACGCUCGAUAUUGUAAAUUAUCGCUUGACUGGACUAAUUCAAAUAAUAUAACAGAAGAAGAAGUUAAGUCCAGCAGAUGGCGGUAAAUGCAACGAAAAGGAUGCCAACUGCCAAUAAACACCAAAGAAGAAGAACACCAAGGAAGAACACAUUUCACCCACAACCCCGCUGUGAAAGAAAAAAUGGCUGCCUCCUGUCAAUACAUCGCGAAGGUUUUGUGCCGUGUUUCGCCUUCAAUUCUACAUCCUUUACGACAGUAUCAGUCCUGUCUGCGGAGGCUUCCUGUGCGACCGUAUCCUGCUUUCGCCCCGAUUGUACCCCCAAGUCACUUCUUCAGUACAGCAGCAUCAGGCCAAGCUGAGGACGCUGCUGAGGCUGUCAGCCGCUACCAGGACCGACCCUGGGAUUAUCUGGAGAGUGAAGAGUACAUUGAGACGUAUGGAACCCAACCAGUGUGGACCGGCUACAGGAGGAACCACAAAGGAGGCAUCCCCCCACAGAAGACCCGCAAGACCUGCAUUAGAGGAGACCAGAUAUGUGGGAACCCCUGUCCAAUUUGUCGAGAUCCAAACAUUAUUAUCCACCCUCAGAAUGUGAAACUGUUGGAGCAGUUCAUUAGUCCCCAAACUGGAAUGGUGUAUGAUCCCACUCGCACUGGUGUGUGUAUGACACAGCAGAAGAAUCUCAAUCAGGCAAUUGACACAGCAAGAGAUAAUGGUUUACUGCCCCUUCAGGUUCCACACAUUGACUUUUCAGGAAUGGACUACUCCAAUUCCCAUGAUGCUGUGGGGUCCACACCACCUCCCCAGUCCUUAACCUCAGGUGACACGUGGUAUAAGUGGUACAGUGAAAUAACUCCUGAUGAGAAUGAAGUGGCUAAAGUGAAGAAGACAUACAAAGCUUACCUAAAAUGAUGGGAGACUCCAGAGCAUCUUGCUGUGAUAACUAACUCAACUCUGGUUUGUGUGCACAUCUAUUGUAACACAUCAAGUUUGUCCCUGUUUUCACACAUGUACAGAAAAAGUGCACAAUAAAAACAUGAUGAAAAAUUGA